GAUAGUCCUUCAGAUUGGGGACAACGUUACGCUCCAGUUCAUUAUAGACCACGUGGUAUGGUUUAGAUUAGAACGAAGAAAAGAAAGGCUGUGGCUCAGGAGUCAGUGUUGGUGGUGUGGUGGCAUGUUGCCCCGCUCCUUUUAGCAAGCGAGGAAAGGUGGGUGGGUGGUGGUGGUCUCUGACGCUAAGCUGCUCAAUGUGCUUGGCGAGGCCCAGUAAUAUCUUGCCCUUCAUUCGAAAAUUACAUAGACAGCGUGUCCACAAUUUAGCUUUAAUCCAUAUUGCCGCUGAGGCCCAGCAAGCUCACGCCCGUCUCCUCAAACUAGGAACUUCAAACCUUGUCGAGUCGGGCCUCGUUGCCACAUAUUGUGAAUCCAAGGCAUUUUCGUAUGCUCGGCAGCUGUUCGACGAAACGUAUCAAUGGGACCUAAUUUCAGCCACUUCUAUAAUUGGUAGCUUUGCUCGGCACAAUCGUCAUAAGGAGGCAAUUGAUAUUUUCUCUCGCAUGCUUGUCCUCAACAUCAGACCCAAUGGAUUCACUUUCGGCACAGUCAUUCAUUCCUCUACUGUCACAGGGAAUAUCGCUACAGCCAAGCAGCUUCAUGCUUGUGCGACAAAGGUGGGUCUGCAUUCAGAUGUCUUUGUGGGUAGUUCGCUCCUUGACAGCUAUGCCAAAUUGACUACAAUCGAAGAAGUUCAAAGAGCCUUCCAAGAUAUCGACAACCCCAAUGUGGUUUCUUAUACAACUUUGAUCUCUGCAUACCUCAAGCAUGAGAACUUCGAGGAUGCUCUCCGAUAUUUCCGGGAGAUGCCGGACAGAAAUGUGGUGUCAUGGAAUGCGGUGAUUGGCGGGUAUAGCCAGAUGGGCCACAGCGAAGAGGCCGUAAACCUUUUCGUUGAGAUGAUUAGAGAAGGCCUGAGUCCUAAUGAAUCGACUUUUCCUUGUGUCUUAAGUGCAGCUGCCAAUAUCGCUGCUCUUGGGAUGGGCAAGAGCUUCCACGCCUGUGCUAUCAAGUCUCUGGGUAAGCACGAUGUGUUUGUGGGUAAUUCUCUUAUCAACUUCUACGCCAAAUGUGGAAGCAUGGAGGAUAGUCUUUUAGCUUUCGACAGACUUGCUCAAAGAAGUAUUAUUUCUUGGAAUUCUCUGAUCUGUGGUUAUGCACAAAAUGGGAGAGGGAAAGAAGCAAUAGACUGUUUCCGAAGGAUGAAAGCUUCGGGGUUUAAACCCAACAGUGUCACCCUCCUGUGUCUUUUGUUGGCAUGCAACCACGCAGGCCUUGUUGACGAAGGUUAUUCGUAUUUCAACUUGGUAAGGAUGGAAGAUCCUAGCCUUCUGAGACCAGAACACUAUGCCUGUGUGGUUGAUCUACUCUCCCGCUCUGGGCGUUUCCGCCAGGCAGAGAGGUUCCUUGAGGAACUUCCCUUCGACCCGGGAGUUGGGUUUUGGAAAGCAUUGCUUGGCGGUUGCCAGACCCACUCUAAUACAGAAUUGGCUGAACUCGCAGCUCGUAAGAUACUGGCCCUGGAUCCUAAAGACGUCUCGUCGUAUGUCAUGCUGUCAAAUGCUCAUUCUGCCGCUGGUAGGUGGGAGAGUGUGUCCAUGAUCAGAAGGGAAAUGAGAGAGAAACGAAUGAAGAGAGUCCCUGGUAGUAGUUGGAUUGAGAUCAAGAACAAGAUUCAUAUUUUUGUUAAUGGAGACAAGAGACAUAUCCAAAGCGAUGAGAUCUAUACGGUAGUGACGUCUUGUAUUCAACAUUUAAAGGAUAUCACAAGUGCUUGCUCUGUUGCAGGAUAUUAAUCUUUGGUUUCGUCCAUGGGGAAUGACAACUAUAGCAAGGCUUGCAAGCUUAUAUUUAUUAAUAUCCCCAUUAGACAGCUCAUGAGAUUUCAUUCCAUCA